GACAGGAAGGAGGGGGGAAGAAAAGAAAAGGAGCGGUGAGGAGGAGAGCAGAGCACGCUGGCGGAGAAGAGGAGCGCGGUGAACUGGCGACUCUCUCAGGAGUUAGAAGCUCAUUCAUUCAUCCUCUAUCGGUUCUGUGUGAUCUAGCAAUAUGUCAGCGAAGGCCAUCUCUGAGCAGACAGGGAAAGAGUUCCUGUAUAAGCACAUUUGCACCACUGCAGCCGUGCAGAACCGCUUCCGCUACGCUAACGUCACUGCAGACACAAACUGGGAGCAGCUGGUCCAGGACCAUCCAUGGCUUCUGACUGAGCGAUUGGUUGUAAAGCCAGAUCAGCUGAUCAAGCGCAGAGGGAAACUAGGACUAGUGGGUGUGAAUCUAGAUCUACAGGGGGUGAAAGAAUGGCUCAAACCUCGUCUGAUGAAAGAGGCCACGGUGGGGAAGGCCAACGGCAUCCUGAAGAACUUCCUGAUAGAGCCUUUUGUCGCUCAUAAGCAGGAGGAGGAGUUUUAUGUAUGUAUUUAUGCAGCGCGUGAGGGGGAUUAUGUGUUGUUUCAUCAUGAGGGCGGGGUCGAUGUGGGUGAUGUCGACUCUAAAGCUCAGAAGCUGCUGGUGGGCGUGGACGAGAAGCUCCGCCCAGAUUUUGUCAAACAGAAACUCCUCACGCACGCUCCAGCAGACAAAAGAGAGGUACUGACCAGUUUCCUGGUGGGUUUGUUUAACCUGUAUGAGGAUCUAUACUUCACUUACCUGGAGAUCAACCCUCUGGUGGUGACGAAAAAUGGAGUGUAUGUAUUGGACAUGGCUGCUAAGAUUGAUGCUACGGCUGAUUAUCUGUGUAAAGCUAAAUGGGGUGACGUGGAGUUUCCCCCUCCAUUCGGCAGAGAGGCCUACCCUGAGGAAGCAUAUAUAGCAGAUUUGGAUGCUAAAAGUGGUGCCAGUCUUAAACUCACUCUGCUUAACCCCCGCGGACGUAUCUGGACCAUGGUGGCAGGGGGCGGAGCCUCAGUUGUGUACAGUGAUACAAUCUGUGACCUGGGCGGAGUCAAUGAGCUGGCCAAUUACGGAGAGUAUUCAGGUGCUCCAAGUGAACAGCAGACUUACGACUAUGCCAAGACCAUCCUCUCCCUCAUGACCCGAGAGAAACACCCCAAUGGGAAGGUGUUGAUCAUUGGAGGAAGCAUCGCUAACUUCACAAAUGUAGCCGCAACAUUUAAGGGUAUUGUCAGGGCAAUCAGAGACUAUCAGGAGCCUCUGAAGGAGCAUGAGGUCAGCAUCUUUGUGCGACGUGGUGGCCCAAACUACCAGGAGGGUCUGAGAGUAAUGGGAGAAGUGGGCAAAACCACAGGCAUCCCCAUCCAUGUCUUUGGCACUGAGACCCACAUGACUGCCAUCGUUGGAAUGGCUCUGGGCCAUCGGCCAAUUGCCACUCAGCCACGCGUCGCUGCCCAUACCGCCAAUUUCCUGCUGAACACCAGUAGCAACUCUUCGACCCCCAGCUCAAGCAGAACUGCAUCUUUCUCUGAGGUGAAGAGUACAGAAGGGUUUGCUUCUGUAGAAAAGGCCAGACCAGGGGUUCCACCAGGGAAAGCUACCACUCUGUUCAGCAAGCACACAAAGGCCAUCGUGUGGGGCAUGCAGACACGGGCGGUGCAGGGAAUGUUGGACUUUGACUAUGUGUGCUCUCGCAAAGAGCCCUCAGUGGCAGCCAUGGUCUACCCCUUCACUGGAGACCAUAAGCAGAAGUUUUAUUGGGGUCAUAAGGAGAUUUUGCUGCCUGUUUACAAGAACAUGUCAGAUGCCAUGAAGAAACACCCCGAAGUGGAUGUGCUCAUCAGUUUCGCCUCUCUGCGCUCAGCCUACGACAGCACCAUGGAAACAUUACAGUACCCACAGAUCCUCACUAUUGCAAUUAUAGCAGAGGGCAUUCCUGAGGCACUGACCCGCAAGAUCAUCAAGAAAGCAGAUGAGAAGGGUGUGACUAUCAUUGGGCCAGCAACGGUGGGAGGUAUAAAGCCUGGCUGUUUUAAGAUUGGUAAUACGGGCGGAAUGCUAGACAACAUCCUGGCGUCCAAGCUGUACCGUCCAGGCAGCGUAGCCUAUGUCUCUCGCUCCGGGGGCAUGUCCAACGAGCUCAACAACAUCAUCUCCCGCACUACAGACGGAGUGUUUGAGGGCGUCGCCAUUGGGGGAGACAGGUACCCAGGCUCAGUGUUUAUGGAUCAUGUGUUGAGGUAUCAGGAUACACCAGAGGUGAAAAUGAUCGUUGUGCUGGGAGAGAUUGGAGGUACAGAGGAGUAUAAGAUUUGUCAGGGCAUUAAAGAGAGAAGGAUCACUAAGCCUGUUGUCUGCUGGUGUAUCGGCACCUGUGCUACCAUGUUUGCCUCUGAGGUGCAGUUCGGCCAUGCUGGAGCAUGUGCUAAUCAGGCCUCUGAGACUGCAGUGGCCAAAAACAAGGCCCUGAAAGAGGCUGGAGUCUUUGUACCCAAGAGCUUUGACGAACUAGGAGAGGUCAUCAAGUCAGUUUAUGAUGACCUGGUGAGCCGAGGUGUGAUUGUGCCUGCUAAGGAAGUUCCCCCUCCCACUGUGCCGAUGGAUUACUCUUGGGCAAGGGAGUUAGGUCUGAUUCGUAAGCCAGCAUCUUUCAUGACCAGUAUCUGUGAUGAGAGAGGUCAGGAGCUGAUCUAUGCUGGAAUGCCCAUCACAGAGGUCUUUAAGUCAGAGAUCGGUCUGGGGGGCACUCUGGGACUGCUCUGGUUCCAGAGGAGGCUUCCACGAUAUGCGUGUCAGUUCAUAGAGAUGUGUCUGAUGGUGACUGCGGAUCAUGGCCCUGCGGUGUCCGGAGCUCAUAACACCAUCGUGUGUGCCCGCGCUGGCAAAGACCUCAUCUCCAGUCUUACAUCCGGCCUGCUCACUAUCGGGGAUCGAUUCGGUGGUGCUCUGGAUGCUGCUGCUAAGCAGUUCAGUAAGGCGUUUGAUAGUGGAAUGCUGCCCAUGGAGUUUGUCAACAAGAUGAAGAAAGACGGCAAACUAAUCAUGGGCAUUGGGCACAGGGUCAAAUCUAUCAAUAACCCUGAUAUGAGGGUGCAGAUCCUGAAGGACUUUGUGAAGCAGCACUUCCCCUCCACCCAGCUAUUGGACUAUGCACUGGAAGUGGAAAAAAUCACCACCUCUAAGAAACCAAACCUCAUUCUGAAUGUAGAUGGUUUUAUUGGAGUGGCCUUCGUGGAUCUGCUGAGGACGUGUGGAGGCUUUACAAGGGACGAGGCUGAUGAGUUUGUGGAGAUUGGCGCACUGAAUGGAAUCUUCGUUUUGGGACGCAGCAUGGGCUUCAUUGGCCACUAUCUGGAUCAGAAGCGUCUGAAACAGGGUCUGUACCGCCACCCAUGGGACGACAUCUCCUACGUCCUGCCCGAGCAUAUGUCAAUGUAACUGUGGAAACCAUACCAUACGGCCUAUCACUGGCAUCUUCACCCUCUGCUUUGACCUCUGACCUCUAGGUGUAAGUCAGGGUUGAGGGGGGUGGUUGUGUCAUUUCUGUGGAGUGUGUUAAUAUCUGUGAAAAACUGCUUGUGAACGUGUUAAUGUUUGUGUCUCAUGCAGUCUGUAAGUCAAACUGUGGUAAAUGUGUUGUCUUUAUAUUCCUGUAGUGUCGAUGCAGUAGGUGAGAAAAUGUUCAGACACCAUCACCAUAAACCUCACAUAGUUCUUUCCUGUUGAGAGGAGAGCUCACUCAAAUAGCCUAAGUAGUGUAAGAAAUAGUUUUAACAUGCAAGAACAGUUCAUUGGAACAAGACAUGUAGCUUUUGAAGAAUAUUUGAUUGAUCUCUCUUUAGAUUAGUAUGACCUUUCUGCAGCCUUUGCUGCCAUCUCUAGCUAACAGUUUGCCAGUAGCAAGUACUAGUGCAAUAAUAAACCUAGUCUAGAGGUAGGCAGGAGCUUUAUUUUGUGUUUAAAUGUCUAAAUGUUGGAGUUGAAAGUGUUGGGAAAAUCAGAAUGUAGUGCACUAUUUUUGAGAGUUGAUGAAUGUACACAUAACAAAUAACUAUUUUGGACAGUGGUAUUUUUAAAGAUGAUGUGUGCCAUAGUAUUGUCCAUAAUGUUUACAAUACAGUGAUAAUUAGCCAGUGCAACCGUGUGAACAAACAUGUUAUCAUAUGGGAUGUUUACCGUAUCUGUGCCCAUUAUGUGACACCAUUCCAUUUGUGUAUUUUUAAUUUUUGUAUGCCUUAUGUUAAGCUGUGCUUUUAUAAAGUGUGAAACACUGAAACACACAUUCAGCUACAACUGUGUCAUACUUGAGCGGAAAAAAACAAAUAAAUAAUAAGUUUCUGAA